AUGUUUAUUAUACUAACGCUUAUUUUUAUCAGUCUAUUCGUAUUAUAUGUAAAACAUAAAUAUUUUACUUCUCGUCGUUCAAUUCCAAGUUUACCAGGACAUUUCUUAUUUGGAAAUUUACUUCAAUCGGGACUAUUACGUGGAGCUUCUCUUCCACAAGUGUAUGCAUCAUUCAAAAAUAAACUUGGUGAUAUUUAUGAGAUUAAACUCGGAUUUUUACAUGGAAUAAUCGUCGGUAAUAUAGAUGAUGUGAAGUAUAUUUUUACUCAUCGACAUAUUUAUGAUCAAAGUGAUUGGUCAGUGGAACUUUUGGGCGCCCUUAUACCAGAUGGUCUCAUUACUCUGAAAGGUGCUAAAUUCAAGCGACAUGCUUCGAUCGUAAUGCCCUUAUUUCGUCAUGGAAAAAUUCUUUCAAAUUUCGAUUUGAUUAUUAAUUAUACAGAUGAAAUUUUGAAUAAUUGGCGUUCAAGUUCUUCGGAUCACAUUCAUUGUGAUAUUUUACAACAAUGUCAAAAUCUUAUACUAGAAAUUUUUGGAUUCAUUGGUUUUGACUAUGAUUUCGAUACACUUAGUGGAAUAAAAAAUAAUGAGCUUGUACAAGCAUUGAAAACCUAUAUCGGCAUGGUGGAAAUAGGAUCCUAUUUACCAAAUUUUCUUCUCAGAGCCUAUAUGAAAUUAAGUCCGAAAUAUCGACGAAUUCAAACGACAAUCAAACGAUAUUUAUAUAGAAUGAUAGAACAAGAAUUCAAUGAAACUCUAGAAUCGAGAGCCCAACGAAAGAAGACAUCAUUGAUUGCUUCAUUGGUUGCUUCAUUACAAACAGAUGAACAAGCAGAAGAAAGAAAAAGUGAAGAGGAGAAAAAAGGUCUAAUACGACGUGAAAUAUUAGGAGAAAUGCUUAUGUUUCUUGCUGCUAGUUUUGAAACAACAUCUACCGUCUUGGCAUGGUCGAUUCAUCUUCUCAGUAAACAUCCGGAAGUACAACAGAAGAUUAAGGCAGAACUGAUGAAAGAAAAUGUUCAUCAUGAUUUGAUAUUAGAUCGUCUUGAUUCACUUAUCUAUUUAGAUUGUGUUAUCAAAGAAAUCUUACGUUUUUCUCCAACUAUCGAUGCAACAGCUCGAACAUUAACUAUGGAUGAUCGUUUACCAAACAGUGGUAUUCAAUUGUACAAAGGUGAUCAAAUACUUAUUCCAGUAUGCAUUCUUUCAAAAGAUCCACGAUAUUGGUCGAUCGAUCCAGAAUUGUUCUAUCCAGAAAGAUUUUUAGGUGAAGACACAAAUCAUAAUCCUUAUGCAUUUCUUCCGUUUGGCAGUGGUCAUCGACAAUGUAUUGGGCAAGAUUUGGCACGAUUUGAACUUAAAGUUAUUAUAGCUAGACUAAUGCAACAUGUUACAUUUAUUGAUGGUGGUCCUGAAGUUAAUGCUGGCGGACAAGUACAAGGAUUGACUGUCAUGCCAAAAUAUAUUGGCGUUAAAAUUAAGUUUGAUUCAGAAAUUUAA